UCAAAUCAUGUCUGAUCCUCAAUAUCUUGGUUUCUUUGUUUUUAAGGUCACAUUGUUUUGUUGUCUUACAUUAUAGGUUAAAAAAAUCAAAACCCAUUUUAUUGAUAUUGAAGUAAUCCGAAACUGAUCAGAGUAAUUAGCUAAUUAGUAAUUGUAACGUACGCUUUUUAAAGUGACCCUCCCAGCCCUGCACAUCUGUGGGUCUGCUCUUCCUUACACAUCAGGAUGGGAUCUCCUCCAGCAGUGCUCCCCCUCCAACAUUUGCCUGAGAAAGUCUAGCGGCGGACCCGGAGAGAAAGUCUGGUGAGAGGUUGGGAAAAGUUGUCUGAGCAGGGAGGGGGUCUGGUGUUGUAGUGGGUGUGUCUGCCUGCGGGGCUCCAGCAGCGCCCCGACCGUCUGAAGACUCACUCUGAGCGGAUAGCAGAGGACCGGCAGCCGGCGGGUCUACAGCCUCUCGCGACAAGAGUGAAGAUGGUUCACAGAAGUCCCUUGAAGAUAAACCCUUGAAUGAAACCUGAUCGCCUUUGAUUAUUGUACACACCUGGUGCCAUGGCUGCUCUAAAAUCUGAAGAACUUCUGCUCAGGUUUACAAUCCUCUUUCUCUGCUUGAGUGUCUGCUUGUGUCAGCGAGACUGCACCGGUGUGGACUGUCCCCAGCUGGACAAUUGCAUUGAAGAAGUACUGGACAGUGGCAGCUGUUGCGCUUCUUGUUUGCAGAAAGGUUGCACGUGUGAGGGUUACCAGUACUACGAUUGCCUCCACGCCGGCUUCAAGAAUGGCAAGGUGGCUGAGGGAGAGUCUUACUUUGUUGACUACGGCAGCACAGAGUGCGCCUGCCCGACAGGAGGGGGCCGGAUCAGCUGCGACUUCAUCAGCUGUCCUGAUUUGCCGCCAAACUGCAUUGACAUCUCGAACCCGGCGGAUGGUUGCGUGCAGUGCGAACGCCUCGGUUGCGACCAAGACGGGCAGAAGUACGACGCUGGGCACUCCUUCCACACUGACCCCUGCCGGGUGUGCCACUGCCCCACCGAGGGAGGGAAGCUCAUGUGCUACCCUGUGCCAGAAUGUGACCCGAGCAAGGUCCACAGCCCAGACCAGGAUGCACCCAGCAGACACACCGGUUACCCCGACAAGUUUGACGGACGAGGGCGCACGGAUCAAUUCUCAACCCCUCGUCAACUUCCUCCCAACGGAAAUCUUCCCCUCUUCAAAACACCACCUUUGGACGGAGUGUUGCCCUUGAUGAAAGAGGAGUCAGACGAUUACGACUACAACCCAACAGACUUUCCAGAACCCUACCCACUAUCUCUAGCCUUCCCCACCCAGUCCUCUUCCUCCAUCAUAUCUGUGUCUGGAGGCUCGGACAGAACCUCCGCCUUUAAGAGCUUUGAUAGACAAAACAAGCUGGAGCUGAGAGAGCGACACAAAGUUCAAGAGGAAGUGACAGAAAGUCCAGUAAGAGAGCAGCAGAGGACUAUAAAGCCACAUACGCUCAAAGACCCUACUACGUCUUGGCAGCUUUCUCCGGGUCUAACAGAGCCUCAACGUUUUUCAGUCAGUGUUGUCCCAACACAGACAGAGCUGGAGAAUCCUUUGCAUGCUUUUGAAAGUUCAGAGGGUGUCAUAUUUCCACUCAUCCGCAGUUUGGGGAGUGAGAAACACCCAGAUAUGAGUCCGGAGACUGCCGUUAAUCAUCAGGGAAGCUAUGAGACGAACCAAAGUGCAUCAGAGGGCUCAAAGAGUCAGAUCAAUCCUACAGUAAGAGGCACAGACAGUCAAACCAAUGAGCAAAUACAAGAACAUGAUCCACUUUAUGUGCAGAGCAGUCAAGAAAGCCCAAUCUCAAAUGCUCCAACUGAAUUAGAGGGUACAGAGGCACCUGAAAGUGAGGAAGGAAUGGAUGAAGAGGAGGACGAACCAGAAACCUUUUAUAGCGUCACGGGGCCUGAAGGAUUGGAUGUUCCCUACCAGAUAAAUACAACCCCACAGGAGGUAAUCCAUGAGGAGUCAGAGGCCAGAGAUCCAACCAGCAGCUAUGAAAAGAUCACAACAAAGCCCACCACCAGCGCCCCCACGACGCCCGAGUUCCUGACGAUCCAAACGACCCACAUUAUGAGCACUACCCGGCCAGCACUAAGGGUCAAGCUGCAGGAGAGCGAGCCCGGCAGAAAACCAUUUCAGAGGCAGGUUAACCUUCACAGUGACGACCGGGAGGAGGUGAGGGAGGAAGAGGAGAGGAUUGACCGCCCUCUGCACGUCCAAACUGAUGAAGCUCCAGGUGUCUCUGCUGUGGACGUGCUGCAGAGCUGCUGCGCUGCCGGACAGAAAUGGGCCGUAGAACACAGACACUGCAACAACAUGCCGACCAAUGAGAAGCAAGCGAUGUGCAGUGUUGCAGGAAAGCAGUGCUGCCUCAGCUCUUUGAAGGAGGUCCAGUGUGAAUCAGGCAUGACGUCAGCCAGGAGAGGAGACGCCUGUGAAGCGGAGGGGGAUCGGUGUCCAGACGACUCACACCAGGUGUGCUGCAGCUGCUGUGCCCUCGGCCUUCGGGUUCGCAGUGAAGGACGGGGGUGUGAUAUCCACCAGUACCUGGGCUACCCCUGCGGUCACGUCUUCCUCACCUGCUGCGAGGAAGAGGAAGGUCUGAGCCAGGUCUCGCUGAGGAGAAAGCCCAGACCGACGUCGAUGCCUAGAGAAGACUCUGAAGGCUCGUUCCCCAGGGAGGCCUUCGCUAUCGGUGCCACAGAUGAUGCUGCCAACGGAGUGGAGGAACAGAAGGAUGUAGACGAGUGUCUGCUCCACCCGGGACAACUGUGCCAGCACACAUGCACCAACACCUGGGGCUCCUACCGCUGCGGCUGCAACCCGGGCUUCAUCCUGCAGCCGGACGGACGGCUCUGUGCACCAGUGAGUCCUGAGGAGGACAACAGGGUGCAGGAUUACCGUCCUGCUGCCGUCCCAACACAACCUCCUGCUACCAGUACAGCCAGUAUCUCACCCAGCACCACCACCAGCAGCCCAGUGCGCUUCAAUCCAUGCUCAGAUAAUGGUCGUUGCAGUCAGCAGUGUGUGGCGGCGGCAGGCCGGGCUCGCUGUUCCUGCUUCCCGGGGUUCAGGCUGAUGAUAGAUGGACGAACCUGUAAAGAUAUCAACGAAUGUGUUCUGCAAACCCAUAACUGUGGCAGGGGCUUCGUGUGUGAGAACACACUCGGCUCUUUCCUGUGUAAUCCCAAACCCAAAGCAAAGUGCAUCACCGGCUUCACACAGGACUCCCAUGGCAACUGUAUCGACGUUAAUGAGUGCACCAGCCUCAGGGAGUUGUGCAGCUCCGGCUUUAACUGCAUCAACACGGUGGGGUCCUACACCUGCCAGCAGAAGAUCAUCACCUGCAGCCCCGGGUACCACGCCAGCCCCGACGGAGCCAAGUGUGUCGACAUCGAUGAGUGUCAGAUGGGGACUAACCGUUGUGGAGUCGGUCAGAUCUGUCACAAUCUGCCUGGCAGUUACCGCUGUGACUGUCAGACGGGAUACCAGUACGACGCCCUGCGCAAAGUCUGCACCGAUGUAAACGAGUGCUGGCGGUAUCCCGGCCGGCUGUGUGGACAGACCUGUGAGAACACCCCCGGCUCCUACCACUGCUCCUGCACGGAGGGCUUCACCCUCGCAGUGGACGGCAAGAACUGUGAAGAUAUAAAUGAAUGUGUCACGAAACCCUGCAGCCAGGAGUGCGCCAACAUCUACGGCUCAUAUCAGUGCUACUGUCGCCAAGGAUUCCACCUGAGAAACGACGGACACACCUGUGAAGAUAUUGACGAGUGUUCGCAGAGCAUCGGGAGUCUCUGUACCUUCCAGUGUGUGAACGUCGCCGGCAGCUACCAGUGUGCCUGUCCUCCUCAUGGAUACAUCCUGUCUGCCAACAAACGCACCUGCAAAGAUGUUGACGAAUGCACAGCUGGAAGCCACAACUGCUCACACGGACAGAGCUGCUUCAACCUGCAGGGCGGCUUCAGGUGUCUCUCCUUCGACUGCCCUCCAAACUACAACAAGGUGUCAGACACACGCUGUGAGCGGAUCAGCUGUAACUCCUUAGACUGCCAGAACUCUCCGGUCCGGAUCACGUACUACCAGCUCAGCUUUCAGACCAACAUCAUCAUCCCGGCCCAGAUUUUCCGGAUCGGACCGUCGCCCAGCUACUCCGGAGACCACAUCGCCAUCAGCAUCAUCCGGGGGAACGAGGAGGGCUUCUUCAGCACCAGGAAGCUGAACAGCUACACGGGCGGCGUCUUCCUGCAGCGGCAAGUCAAAGAGCCCAGAGACUUCCUGAUCCACGUGGAGAUGAAGCUGCUGAGGCAGGGCACGCUCAGCACCUUCCUCGCCAAGAUCUACGUCUUCAUCACCUCCAGUGCCAUGUAACACCGGAGAUACAAACCACUAUGCCUUCAAAAACGUCACGGGGUUAAGGGAAGAUGUGAAGGAGAGUUCAUCAGGAUUAAGAGACUGCUUCACUGAGCGACGUAUUUAUGACGCACCAGCGGAUGGUCCUGAUGUGCGUCUGUCGUGGGGAAACUACAACAGUGGACUACUAAAAGCACAUGUGGAUACUCCGCCCUGUUUGUUUAUAUGCUGUUGUUCAUGCAGGCUUUAUUCACUACCUACACACAUAUACUCUUCAUUACCAUGGCUGGAAUUGAAAUAAAAUAUGAAAGUAAAACUA